CAUCCACUUCUUCCACCGUAGCUUCGGCCUGUGAAAGAAAAGGUUAUGGUACUGAUUUGAGUUAUUAUUCGCCCACGGCGAGCUGGGCCAUUAGUCAGUUUGCGGCUGAGGGGGGAGGAGAAGGAGAAGGAGAAGAGCAGUACGCGUGACCUUUGAAUGAAAUCAUGACAUUUACUGUAUGCAAAUGAUCGCCAGACGGAUGAUACAACACGACACAGCAACGCAAUCGCAGAUCGUCUCGACGGGCCGCCAACAGUUUCGCGCUCCCAGUUAUUCGCGGUGUGACUGUGGCGUCGAACCUCGCGGAUUCGGAAAAUAUAACCUGGCCGUUCCACCGCCCAUCUUCACCGUUCUGCCUCUGCUUCUCUAAUACGCUUAAUACGUAUUUUUAAACCUGAAUCGUUACGUAAAUGUCGAGCAGUGAAACAAACUACGCGCGGCAGGUCCUUCGCCGACGGCAAGAGGAGAAGAGCUGAGAAGAGCCGCGCUUCCUGCCUGAGAGCAUCAUGAUUCGGAGACGUUAAAUGAAGCUGAAAAACAGAGAAUGGACGCCUCGGACGACGCGAGCGUCGACGCUGAGGGUCCUUUGGACCCCCGCAUUCAGAUCGAAUUGGAGAAUCUCAACAAUUGCACAGACGAAAUCAAUAAACUAGAAAUUGAAUUAGAUGAAGCGCACACAGCAUUUCGCCAAUUGUUAUCAGAUUCGACAAGACGAUUGAAAGAGAUAGCGAAUAAAAUAGGAACAGGCUGCAUAGAGAAAGCAAGAUGUUAUUACAAAGCGUUAGAAGUGGCUCAGCAGGCUCAGAUACAGUGUCAACGUCAAGCACAGCUCUUUCAGAGGGCUAGUGAAAUCCAUUCUGCAGCGAAAGAAACCGUCACUUUGGCCGAGGCAGGAUUUAUUUCGCAUCGUCAUGAGUGGAACUUUGAUCAAGCAUGGCAAGACAUGCUGAAUCAUGCAACUAUCAAAGUCAUGGAUGCGGAAAAUCAAAAAGCCGAAUGCGGAAGAGAGCAUCUGAGGCGAGCAACCCUCUUUCACGAUGCUGAAAAAAAGGUUCAACAGCUUGAAGAGAAACAUCGUAGAGCAAUAAUCAAAUCAAAGCCGUAUUUUGAAAUCAGAGCUCAGUGUGACGAGAUGCUGGCAACUCAAAAGGCAAGAGUGGAAUGUUUGCAGAAGGGAGUUAAAAAAGCGAAAGAUACCUAUGCCAGAAGUCUCAGAAUACUGGAGGACAUCAGCAAUCAAAUUCAUCAGCGUAGACGAGACUAUGAUAUGACCAAGGGGCCGAGAGAACCUGGUGUUGGUGCUGAGCUUAUAAGUCCGACGGCAAGUUUAAGUUAUGAAGCUGAAUUGGAUAAAUUGAGCUUAAGCAGGAUAAACUCUUUAGCCAGCAGUGAACCAGACAUCGAUGAAAGAACUCGGGACUUCGAGGAUGUUGACGACUUGAAACAACGAAUGGAACAACUCAGUACUCGUUCUGUCGAUGGAAGCGAGUCUAAUUCGAGUCAAUGGGAGUUGGAGUUACAGGCCAGUGUUGAGAGGCUUAAUACCUUACCCAUUAGAAAGCUAAAUUCCUUUACCACAGAUGAAGUGAGUAAAGACUUUGGUGACUUUAAGUUCAGUGAAAGCGGCCUAGUGUCUGAUGAUAACUGUUGUCAAAUUUCGCCUCAAGUUCAAAGGUCACGGAACAAUUACGAUAACGAAUCUAGAAUAUCAUUCAAUCACGGGUUAACCACUGUUAAAAGACCUUUAGAACGAACGGACUCGGCGAUAUGUUAUAAAGAUUGGCACUCAAUGGCUGAGCAAACGACUAAUUCAAGUUCGAUCUCAUCUGAAACUCCUUCGAAAACUCAAAAUACCCUUUCAGCUUCAUUGAACAAUGACGUCGAAAGUGAAAAUUGUCCGAUUAGUCGACAAGAAGGUACUGCAGACAAUGUUGAAAAACGUGAUGGGCCGAGUGGCAUGGAUUCGCAAAACGUCAACCUAACUUAUGCGAAAAAGAAAAUUUCAGUGGAUCUGUCGAAUUUGGAAAUAGAUGACAUCACUGAAUCGAAUUUCGAAAACCUAUUAAAUUCUCAAAGCGAUGAAAAUGUUGUAAGAUCGUUGGGAUUGCGUAAAGAAAAGUGUAAUUCGAAAAAUGAUUCCGAAGCAAUGUUCCAUUUUAGCAAAUGUGAUGGCAGCCAUUCUAAGCUUAAAAAUAAUGUUCAUCAAUUGAAUGAAAAUCGUAUGAGUAAUGAUAAAAGUAAGCUUGGAUAUAACAGUUCAAGCUCUACUCCUGUCAAGCGUCGACUAACGUCUAAAUUAGAGAUAGCUAAAUCUUGUGAAAAUAGCUUGAACAGAGAUUUCGUGGAGUGUCCAAGAACGAAAAGGCCGAGUUCGAAAACUUCAAGUGUCAGAGAACUUCCGCUGCUAUCACUUAUUCAAAGAUUUCCAGAAACGCAAUUUUCUAGAGACAAAAGUUGCAGCCUGACGAACUUGGCUGAAAACCAUAGUUUUACAACUUUUCCGGGUGGUUCAAAUUUUUGAAAAUAUUUACUUUGUGAUGAAGAGCACCUCCAUGCCCUGACCAUAACUAUAAAUUGUGAUGAAACAAAAUGAAAAGAUGCAUUCAAUUCGUAAAAUAUUUUUGUUUUUUUAUCCGCGCUAACAUCGAACUUUUAACAUUUUACACUUUUAACAUAGAUGUGAAUCGUGUUUCAUUUUGUUCAUUUAAUUCAUUCACCUGUAAAAAUUUAAAUAAUAUGGGGUUGUGAUAGUUCAAAUUUCUACUGAUUCUUUCAAUUUUACACUUGUAAGACAAGCAUAUAAUUCUCUUACUGGGAAUAGAUGAAAAUUGAGCACAAAUGUACUGGGGUAACCGGCCUAAAUGAUAUUAUUUUUCAUGGAAAAUAACUAUUGUGCCAAGUUUAGGAGUUUGUCUCUCGAAACUAAAACUUACAGAUCUAGGUUGAGUGUGAAUGCAAUUAUUUAAAUAAGUACUGUCUUAUACAUACAUACGUGUAGAUUAAUAUUUUUACCUGCAAUGCUUGGGAAAAAAAACAAAAACCUGAAACGCGAUAUCGUGAGGUCAUUAAGUUAUUUCGCCCUGUAAUAUAACAAACUUUUAAAAAUGUAAUACGACGAUUCAGACAUAAUAUUUAAUUAAUCAUACCUACGGUCGAAAUAACUGAAAUAAUUGUAAGAUAAUGUUGAACUUGGAAUAUCUCAUCCCAUGAUCGAGAACAACAUAUAAAUCAAUUUUACCCAGAUCAAAGGACUUUAAGUUAUAUAUAAACAAAGUCGUGGGUAAAUUACUCAUCAAUCGAGGCUCAAUUUUUCCUAAUACUUACACUAAACGAACUCAACUAUAUUUCAGUAGUGCCUCACGUCGAUAACACGGGUACUGAAACAGUACAAUUUUUGCCCAUAUUUUAACAAAGAGAAUUGUUUUUAUUAUAUUUCAAAGAUUUUAAUGCUUUAGCGUAUGCUAAAAAAGGCCUUAAGGCCGAUUAACAACACUUGCCAAUAUCCUAACAUGUUCUUAGCAAAUCUUAGCCUUCUGUUCAAUGUUUUAUCAUGUUUAGUUCAUCUUGUUAUUUCGUUUUUCACAUUGUAAAUACGAAUCAAUUAGAAAAUAUGUAUCUAUGCCUAGUAUAGACAUGUAUAUAGCAUAAUAGAAAAGAAAAUGUAAUUAAUGCGAUAUAAUAAGUACCGAUCACGAAUCAUUGCAUGAAUUAUAGAAAUACGCAAAAAAUUGAAAUGGAUUUGUAAUACUAGAACAUUCACCAAUAGAUUUGUACAUUCAGUAGCUCACUGUAUUAAUUUCUGUACUCUUUAAUCGAACCGAUGCGUAGAGUAAAGUAAACACCAACCUUCGUUGCUCAAGGAUAAGAUAUUUUAUUACAGUAUGUGUGGAUUUAACGAUUUUUUUUUUUUUUCAUUAAAACAGAGGCAAUUCUUCAUGACUUUUAGUUGCAUUUUUUGCAAAAUAUCAGUACCUUCAUAUUCAUAAUCAUACAGCUGUAGAUACGUUUCGAUAAUUGUUGGUCCAAGUAUGGAUAGUGACAUGAUAUAGAUGUAUUUUUUAUUAAACGACAGUGGUUGUAUUUCGUUUGUACAAAACUAAUUUUUAAAAAACAGCGUGAUGAUAAAAGAUUUAAUGAGUAAUAAGCAUAAUAUUAUAUACCAUUAUCUAUACCAAUAAUCCAUGUAAGGACGCAGUUUUAUCAUCCUCAUUCAUGAUGACUACAUUCAAGAUAGCUCAUAAUGCUCACUAAAUUUGUAAUUUUAAUGUUACACUUAGCCCUAUUGUACAUGUUGAAUAAGAGUUAUUAUAC